AUGAAAUGGGUUAUGAAUGAAGUUCUAAGACUAUACCCACCAGCACCCAAUGUGCAAAGGCAAGCAAGGGAAGACAUAAAAGUUGAUGAUAUAACAGUGCCUAAUGGAACCAACAUGUGGAUAGACGUGGUAGCGAUGCACCAUGACCCUGAAUUAUGGGGAAAGGAUGCGAACGAGUUCAGACCAGAAAGGUUCAUGGAUGAUGUGAAUGGUGGAUGCAAGCACAAGAUGGGGUACUUGCCUUUUGGGUUUGGAGGGAGAAUGUGUGUUGGUAGGAAUUUGACCUUUAUGGAGUACAAGAUUGUAUUAACCCUUCUUCUCUCUAGGUUUACUUUUAAGCUAUCACCAGGUUACAAUCAUUCACCAUCUAUUAUGCUUUCCCUAAGGCCAAGUUAUGGACUUCCACUCAUAGUUCAGCCCCUUUAG